AUGAGCCGCGGCAGCGACAAGGUCGUGUACGAAGUGGCGGGGGUCCUGACGGACCCCAACUUUCAGCGCAUGCGGCACCUUGCGCUGGACCUCCGCGACCACGAGUCGUCCGUGUCGAUUCUCAUGCGAUCGAUGGUGGAAGCGGACUUUGGGCCGUACUUGACGUCGCGGGGUCUCACGCGCCAGUUUCCGAACCACCCCAAGUCGGCGCCGAUUGCAUUCAUGCACGACACGUCCGCGAACAACAACGACGACGGUGACGGGGAAGGGACCAUGAACACAUACAUUGGCGACGCGGAUGCGUUUGUCGAGUUUUGCGCGCAAAAGUACGGGAUCGCCGACCAACUCACCCACCGAGACUGUCUCCAGCACUCCACCGAAGCAUGGGACGCCUACCGCGCACACUCACGCAAUCUGUUUUGUUUUCUGAAAUUUGCCACCGACGGCCAAGUGUACCACGAUCGCGUGAUCGUAGAGUUAUUCGACGACGUUUGCCCCAAGGCUUGCGAAAACUUUGCCGCGCUGUGUCGCCCGGAGACCCAGCACGGAUACGCCGGCCUUCCCAUCCACCGCAUUGUGCCCGGAGGAUGGAUCCAGGGCGGUGACGUCGUCACUGGCGGUCGCGGCGACGGCGUUGGUGGCAGUGCGCUCAACGAAGAAGGGGUGUUCGAGGACGAAGCAUUCUCUGUGUCCCACGAUAAAGCUGGCAUUUUGUCCAUGGCGAACAACGGACCACACACGAAUGGAGCGCAGUUCUUCAUCACGCUCGCGCCGCUGCCAUGGCUUGACAAGUCCAAAGUGGUAUUUGGACGGGUUGUCAGCGGAAUGAAGACGAUCGAAGCGAUUGGGAAGCUCGAAACAGUGUACGAACGCCCCGUGCUCACGUGCAGCAUCGCCGCGUGCGGACAGCUAUAG